UUGCACCUGUACCAGUCUCUGCUCUGGUUCUUCCCUACACACAGGAAGCAGCCGGUAGCCCGACUCCAGACUACUUUUGUAACAGAUCUUACAGGAUGAACAAUGACUACACAGAGAUUAGUCCCUCUGAUCCCUCUGUCGACGCCUACACCACUCCCCUGAUCGCCGUGAAGGCCGAGAUCGGCUACCAGCACAAGAAGCGUCGUUACGUCCGCAAAGAUGGCAACUGCAAUGUCCUGUUCCGCCAUGUUCCUGAAGAGUGGCUCAUGUACGUCACCGACAUCUUCACUACGCUGGUGGAGAUAAGGUGGAGAGUUAUGUUCCUCAUCUUCACCCUCUCUUACACCCUCUCCUGGCUCUUCUUCGGCAUCCUCUACUGGUUGAUCGCCCUGGCUAACGGCGACAUCAAGGACCCUACUAACGCCCCUUGUAUGUACGAGGUGAGGGACUUCACCGCGGCUUUCCUAUUCUCACUGGAGACCCAGACCACAAUCGGUUAUGGUUUUAGAGGGAUGUCGGAGAACUGCAUGGUGGCGAUCAUCGUCGUCACCGUGCAGGAUGUCAUCAGCUGUUUUAUUGAUACAUUCGUCAUCGGUAUCGCUGUGGCAGAGAUGGCAUCGGCACGGAAACUGACGCAAACAGUAGGCUUCAGCAAUUGCGCUGUCAUCAACUUGCGAAAUGGCCGUUUGUGCCUGUCAUGGAGGAUCGGAGACUUCCGCCAGCACCACAUGGUGGAGGGGAUAGUUCGUGCUCAAAUCUUCCGCCCCACCUUGCACGCCACUGGGAGGGUGGACAUCAACUACAAGGACCUGGAAAUCAAACAGAGUGAUAUCCUUUUAGCCAUACCAACCACCAUCUUCCACAUUAUUGAGCCCGGUACUCCGCUCUACCGCAUGAGCCUGGAGGAUCUUCGGAAAGACGACUUUGAGCUGGUGGUGUCCUUCACCUACACAGACGACUCGACGGGCAUCCUGCACCAGACUCGCACCUCCUACACACCCGACGAGAUUCACUGGGGACAUCUGUUCCAAGAUAUGCUGAAUGUAAACCUGAAAUACUACAAGGUAGACUACUCCAUGUUCCACCACACUGCUAAAGUCCUGAUUCCGGAGGUCAGCGCAGAAGAGUACGAUCAAAUUAAGCUUCGGCGUUCCCCGCGCCACUCCCCGCGCCACUCCCCGCGCCACACUCCGUGCCACUCCCCGUGCCCCAAGCGCCCAAGCAUUAAUUGCAAUCCCCCGAUGGUGACUGUGGAACUGGUAAAUGGCACCACAGAAGCUGAGGUACAUGCAGCCAUGGCUGCUACUAUCGCAGCAGUUUGCGAGGACCAAGGACAUUUGUGUCUUCCAAGGAACCCCAUUCUGACGUAGAUGUUCUGCUGACAUGGAAAUACCAACACAAUUUCAUUGUAACUGGCCAAUGGUCAUUCAGAAACAUGGCCAUUGCAGUCUGCCAUUACUAUUGUCCAGGCUCUGUAAGCUGAAGUUGCUUUUAAAUGCUGAAAAGACAAAGUUGAUUGUUUUCACGAAAUCUAAGAUGAAUCCUCAGAUUCUAACACGUACAGUCAAUGUGCAGGACAAACAAAUAGAAAGACUAGCAACUAAGAGGUAUUUUGGUUUCUCGAUAGAUGAAUGUCUCACCUUUAAACCCCACAUUGUACGUCUUGUACUUGGAAUUCUUGGUAGAUGAGUGUCUCACCUUUAAGUAUCGUAAGUCUUGCGAAAAAGUUUUUAUUUUCGUAUUCAGUCAUGUUUUUCAUUAGAAGCGAGAAAGAUGCUUGUUCCCACUACUUUCUUACCUGUAAUUGAUUCUGGUGAUAUCCUGUACAUGUGAUUUCAUUGCGUAUGAUGGACUGGGUACCACGGAGCACUGAAGUUUGUUACUAACUCCAGAGCCCUCACUCAUCACUGUACUCUCUAUAUGAGAGUGGGCUGGUCUUCCCUAGCUCUUCGGAGAUGAAGUCAUUGGUAGGUUUUUAUUUAUAUGGCCGUAUUGAGACGGCUCCCAUUUUACUUGUGUAACUACAUUGUCCAGCAGACAAAUGAAAACUAUCGCCUGCGCUCAUAUGACUGGGUUUUGUUGAUUGUGCCAAAGGCCAGUACAGAGAUAGGUGAAAACACUUUCCAGUUCUCUGCUCCUUCCGCUUGGAACAAGCUUCUAAACGCCCUAAAAUCACAGGAACUCAUCCCUUAAAAUUAGUUUAAAGCUAGGUUAAAUUCUAGAAUGGAAUAUGAGUUUAAAGAUCAGUUAAAUUCUAGAAUGGAAUAUGAGUUUAAAGCUAGGUUAAAUUCUAGAAUGGAAUAUGAGUUUAAAGCUAGGUUAAAUUCUAGAAUGGAAUAUGAGUUUAAAGCUCGGUUAAAUUCUAGAAUGGAAUAUGAGUUUAAAGCUUGGUUAAAUUCUAGAAUGGAAUAUGUGUUUAAAGCUUUAAAAUCUAGGAUGUAAAAUGAAGUAGGGGGCAGUCAAUGUUUUGACUGAUAGUUUAACAAGACUUUCCCAAAACAUCUUGCUGUUCAAUGUGUAAAUAGAUUUUUUUUAACUGUAGUGCUUUGUGUUUUAUGUUGUAAAUGUGACUGCAACUUUGUGUGCUGUAUAACUUAGUUCUAAAUUUGUAUCCGUACCCCAUUGGAUGCAGUGAUCACAAUAGAGUGGCUUUGUCCAGGAAAACCAAUGUUCCAACAGCUGGGCCUAAAAUAGUAUAUAAGAGAUCAUACAAAACAUGUUGCUGUGACUUAUGUGGAUGAUGUAAAACAAUAUUUGUUGGUCUGAUGUGGUUUAUAAGAAACAUCCAGAUG